AUGCCGGGGUUGUGGAAGCUCCUCUUACCCACGCUGGUGCUUGGGGGUAACAGUGUGGCACAAUCGUGCAUCGAAGCACUCAACAACAACCAGACCGAUGCCUGCGUUUGCUAUUCUCUCGAGUACGUCGUCAGCUACGUGGCAUACAUCGCUGUUUCGACAUCAUACACCUCUAGCUGCGAGGCUGUGCCUACUACAAUACCGACCGGAACAUCACCAGCUCUUCAACUUCUGUUGGAAUCUGCUUCUGGGGACUUUUCUGGGUACGUCACUCGAAAUAAUGGUGUUUACACAGGUACAGGUAUCUUAGCCGGCCCGACGACAGUGGAUGUGAUUCCACCUACUGGAACCGAGCAAGGGACUCUUGUGGUGGAGGUUCCGCCAUCAUAUUUCACGAUCUCUCGAACUGGUACUGAGACGGUCAGCCCUGGCCCUCUUCCGAACUACAUCAACUCCACGAGCUUUCUCACAAGAAACCUCAUCGCGGCACCUCGGACAGUGUCUGUCGUACACCCUACUCCUGGCGUUUCCGUUGCUUCUCGUGGCACAGUAAUUAUCGCCGUACCCGACCCGAGAUUGUACAGUACCACCACGGUAGCUUACAGCGGAACGGAGCUGUUGGAAGCACCGCGGACAACGAUUUCGACCGUCAUUGAGGAUGGGCUCACUCCCGGCACUUUCGUCGUUGCUGUCGCUACAACACCUUUACCGAAUCGGUCCUACGAUGUAUCUACUGUUGCUUACACAGGAACGGCCGUCUUGACGGGUCCAACUGUGAUCUCCGUGAUCCAGCCAACUGGUGCGGAGGCGGGUGUCGUCGUGAUUGGAGUUCCUCUGACUGGCGUUCCUCCGCCUCAGGUGACGUCGAUAAUUCCAUACUCCGGUACCGAAUCAAUCACAGCAGCAACGACGAUUCUGGAUCGACCUUUCGAUGGAACCAUUCCAGGGGCACUCGUCAUUGCUUUGCCGUCAGCUUCCUUCAGAACCGAGACGGUACCAUUCACGGGCACGCGAGCCUUGACCGCUCCGACCGUUAUCUCGAUAGUUCCCCCGAGCGGCUCAGUCCUUGGCAUGGUUAUCGUGGGUAGCCCGACAGCAAGCUAUCUCGCCUCGUACGUGCCUUACACCGGCAGUGUUCCGAUUGAUGAGCCGAUCACAAUUUCCGUCAUAGAGCCAAGUGGUACAGCUGCAGGCAUAGUGAUUAUUGCAGAGCCCCAGCCAAUCGUUGAUACUGAGCCCGAUGCACUCGAAACAGUGGUAGUAACCUACACAGUUACUGAGGUGAUAUCUGACCCUACCACGCUCUCUACUGCUCCGCCUGACGAUUCCAAUCCUGGUACUGUCUUUUUGGAUUCGCAGCCAGGCAGUACCUUGGCAGCUCCAACACCAUUUGUUACCUCGAUUGUUCCAUACGUAGGACCCGAUGUCAUCAACACGCCUUCGACUCUCAACAUCAUCCCUCCGAGCGGUGCUCAACGAGGGACAGUAAUCAUUGGUCUGCCGCGAGUUCUACUAUCCGCUGGCACUGGAGCAGACUCGUUCAUCACUUCGGCAGUUCCGGUAUCCUAUGUCACUUUGACUGUGGCUGCGAAUGGCGACGGUCCACUCGUGACCUUGACGAGUAUUCCCCCAAGCGGUACUUCACCAGGUACCAUCUUCAUCGGUGCUUCUCCAACUUCCGGGGCAUUGCCAGCAUCUUUCGUCACUCAGGUUGUUCCAUACAGUGAUUCAACUCCUGUAGCAGAACCCACCACUCUGUCGAUCAUUCCCCCGAGCAACUCGGCGCCUGGUACAAUCGUGAUCGGCGACCCUCGACCUUUUAUACGCACGACUAUGGCAUACACCGGGGCAGAACCACUAACCGAGACAACUACCAUCACUGUGGUAGCCCCGGAUGGCGACACACCUGGCAUCGUAGUUGUGGCGCUACCAUCUACGACUCCGGUAGCCCCGUCGUACGUGACAUCUGACGUGGUGUUCUUGGGCAUGCCUCCUAUCCAAGAGCCAACCACGCUCUCAACCGUUCAGCCAACUGGUACGACUCCAGGGACUUUGAUCGUGGCUAGACCUGCGUUCUUCGUCACUUCAACCAUUCCGUGGACUGGCACCGUGACCAUCCCGACGCAGACCACGAUCGCCAUCAUCCCUCCCGCUGGAACAGAGCCAGGGACAAUAUACGUUGCAGACCCCACUGCAUUCGUAACUUCUACCGUCGAGUAUACUGAGACAGCGCCUUUUACAGCACCCACUACAGUAACAGUCAUCCCCCCCAGCGGAAAUGAACAGGGGACUAUAGUCGUAGCUGGCCGUCGACCAUUCGCGACAUCCUUCGUUCGAUUGACUGGUGCUUCUCCGGCAGAAGGCCCUACAACUUUGACUCUGGUACCGCCUCAGGGCAAUGCACAAGGGACUGUCAUAAUGGGAGUGCCCAACGAUUUUCUAACGUCAACCGUCAUCUACUCAGGAACAGGAGUUUUGACAGCACCCACAACCAUAUCCACAAUCGCUCCAUCUGGGGCAGCUCCCGGCACCCUGAUCGUCGCUUUGCCGCAAACAUCUUAUCAAAGUAUCGCUCCUACAGCCGUUCCAUCGGUCUCAGAAAGCCCUCCGACAACCACGGCUCCUAUAACGCCUACGGCGCAGCCGGCGUUCGUCACUUCAACGGUCUUAUAUAGCGGCACCGCUACCAUUUCAGGCCCGACCACACUUUCCACUAUUCAACCAAGUGAUGCUGCGCCAGGUACCUACAUCGUUGGAGUUGCAGACUCAUUCGUUACUUCGCAAGUGGUUUACUCUAGCACCAGCGCUAUUACGGCCCCCAUCCCUAUUUCCACUGUUCAACCUUCCGGGUCUAACUCCGGAACGAUUAUAUUCGCCGUACCCUCUUCGUAUGUUACCUCCGAGGUUGAGUACACUGGGCCAGCCGGGCAACUCACAACGCCUUCCCCAAUCACCACGAUUCCGCCCAACGGGGGGGGUCCUGGAACUGUGAUUGUAGCACGACCGGGUACGUACGUCACAUCAGAAAUCAUUUUGACUGGGCCAUCGGACCCUCAAAUCACGGCUCCGAGCAUUGUGUAUACGAUACCUCCCAGCGGAAGCGCGCCCGGAAUCGUGAUUGUGGCCCGGCCGCCCCAAUACGUGACGUCCGAGGUCUUUUACACGGACUCGGGGGAUCCACAAAUCACGGCGCCGAGCACGGUCUCCGUUGUGACGCCGAUCGGGACAGUGCCCGGAACCAUAAUCAUCGCUCAACCGCCAAACUAUCAAACAUCCGAGGUGUUCCUGACGGGGAUAAAUGGCCCGACAACGAUUUCAACCAUCCGGCCUACCGGUACUGCUUCGGGGACGUUCAUCGUGGCUCGCCCUCCUUCUUUUGUUACUUCCCAGAUCAUUCUACCCGGAGCUACCGGCCCGAGCACUAUAUCAACGAUCCCGCCGAGCGGCACUGCACCUGGAACAAUUAUCGUUGGGAAGCCAGUCGUUUAUAGUACCUCCGCAGUUGUUCUUUCUGGUUCCGUCGCAUCUACUGCUACCGGACCCGUUACGCUUACUUCGGUUGCUCCCAGUGGCACGGUGCCUGGAAUCAUUGUGAUCGGGUAUCCUCCGCAAUUUGUCACUUCAAAGAUCCAAUACACUGGCCCCACAGAAGGAGUUGCGGACCCAAUUCUGGUGUCUACGAUCGCCCCAUCCGGCAGUAUCCCUGGCACCAUAAUCGUCGCUCGUCCCGGCUCCUUCGUCACGUCAACAACGUCACUUACAGGAAUAAAUCAACCGACGACGCCCAUCAUUAUUUCCACCAUCCUGCCUUCGGGCACUGCUCCAGGAACCAUUAUUGUGGCCCUUCCUGCCCAAACGAAUCAGCCAGCGCAGUCUUCUGCUUUGUUCGUCACUUCCCAGGUUGCAAACACGGGCACCGAAGUUCUUACUGCGCCGACAAUUCUAUCCUCAAUUCCCCCAUCUGGCACGGCUCCUGGCACAAUAACCAUUGCUCAGCCACAAGGCGCAGGCAAUCUAUCACUCUCAGACAGCUCUCAGCUCCCGUCCGUCUCAUUCGUUACUUCGCAAGCGUUCUAUACCGGUAGCGACUCGCUGACCGCUCCAAUUCCCAUUCUGACUAUUCCGCCAGUGGGAAUCCAACCAGGUACUAUCAUCAUUGCGCAGCCGCCGCCACCGCCGCAGCCACAGGAAGUAUCUUUUGUCACCUCACGAAUUCUGUAUACUGGUACGGAAACGUUGACGAGCCCAACACCAAUCUCGACAAUUUUGCCAAUUGGCACUAUCCCCGGAACCAUAAUAGUUGCCCAACCUGGCGUCUUCGUUACCUCAAACGUAGCUUACACCGGGAGCGGCGUUUUGACUGCUCCAGUCCCAAUCACUACGAUCCCACCAGUGGGUGACACACCAGGUACGGUGAUUGUAGCCCAGCCCGGUUUGUUCGUCACUUCCCAAGUGAUCUACACUGGUACGGAACAUUUAACAGCGCCAACUGCCAUUUCAACAAUCCUGCCUGUCGGCACUAACCCUGGGACGAUAAUCAUUGCUGAGCCGCCCUCGUACAUCACGUCUCAGGUCAUCUACACAGGCUCGUCUCCGAUCACUGCGCCUAUCCCUAUAUCGACCAUACCACCGGUUGGAAAUGCUCCGGGAACCAUCAUCUAUGCGCAGCCAGAUUUCUUCGUCACUUCGUUCAUUCUAUACACUGGAACUGAGGACAUCUCUGAGGCUACCACUCUCUCGACAAUUCUGCCCGUUGGAACAACACCAGGAACAUACAUCGUCGCACAACCUAUUGCUUCCGCCGCAUCAUUCGUCACAUCCUUGGUUGUUUACUCAGGAACUGGCGUCAUCACUGGAACUAUCCCGAUAUCCACGAUACCACCGAGUGGGACAGCCCUUGGCACAGUUAUUCUCGCGCAGCCUGGUGUCUUCGUCACAUCUACAAUACCUUACUCCGGAACCGAGGACCUCACAACGUUGCUCCCCGUCUCAACUAUCCCUCCAUCUGGCAGUUUUCCGGGCACAAUCAUUCUGGCACGGCCAUCUGUUGCAAGUGUUGUGGAGGACUCAAGCUCCUCGACCCCUUUAGUAUCGGUCAUCGCCAUCCCCGACACCAUCAACCUCCUCGACGACAUCUGCAUCAACGACGUCAUCAGGCUCCUCAAGAUUGCAGUCAUUUUUGGAUUCAUCUCUCACUUCGGACUCGAGCAGUUCUGCACCAACGUCGGCCACAGUAGAAACUUUGUCGUCUUCUGA